ACAGUUGACAGUUGUUGACAGGGGACAGAGCAUACAGCACACUACUUCACGGGCUCGACUCAAGCUUCAUUUAAAAACAUUAGCUUGCUGGAGUAUAAAAUAGCAAAUACUUACAAGCAAAAAUUCUUUGUAACAAUCUCCAUCUCAAAAUACGGAUUGCACAUUGAAGGAAAUACUUAUAAAAUGAAACAUGGUGAAUGUUAUGAAAGGCGUUCUUGUCGAAUGUGAUCCGGCAAUGAAACAGUUCCUUCUUCACUUAGAUGAGACGUUAGCUCUUGGAAGGAAGUUUAUACUGCAAGAUCUUGACGAGACACACCUGUUCAUAUCAGCAGAUAUUGUAGACACAUUGCAAGCACGUGUCGACGAUUUGAUGGAUCAGCUUAGCAUACCAGUGCACGACAAAGGAUUGUAAAGGAACAUUGUAACCGCAUUCAAUAAUCAAAAUGACGUCAAGAGAAUCAGGAAGAGUUAAAGACGCGGACAGGCGGAAAGUCCUAGAUGAUGCGGCGAGAAAACGUCGCGCUAGGAAAGCGGUGGAAGCUUUAGAACAAGACAAUUUCCAUGAGGACCCGCACGCCGACCUAGUUAUGUCGAAGAAGGUGCCGAAAUUCGCUGAUUCUAAUGAGAAACCAACAAGGAAAAAGAAAU